CGGGCACUCACCUAGUUUAUAUUAUUAACAAAAAUGCGUUUAUAUUAUGCAACUGCACAAGCACAGAAAUUGGCAUUCGGAAUUCUCGGCACCAUCCUACUACUACUUCCAUCCCACAAGUCGUCGGCCAAGCCACGCGGCCACGGACACAAAAUAUCUCUUUUUUUUUUCUAACACACGCCGGCGCCGUUGACUGCGUCACUGCUUACAAACGCCAACGUGUGCAAGGCAAGGCUGCAAGCACACUAUCGCAGACAAGAAUCACUCGCGUUCGGCCAACUUCUUGGCCCCGUGCGGCCAUGUCCAUCCCAUCCAUGUCGAGCUCGAGCCCCUCCGUGGGGAGCCCUUUGCCGCCGGCGCGCGACGGCGGGCCGGGCCCGUUCGUGUGGCGGCAGAAGGAGCAGCCGCAGCCGCAGCCGCAGCCGCAGCAUCCGGACUACAGCUUCACCGGCCGCGUCCUGCUCACGGCCGUCGUCAUACUCGCCAUACUCACCGUCGUCUUCGUCCUCAUCCGCCUGCUCCUGUACCAGUUCGUGGCGCGCGGACGGGGCCGCCUGGCCGUGGGCGUCCGCCGCUCCUUCGGCUCCUUCGCCAGGAGGAGCGCCCGCCACGGGCUCGCCGCGUCCGCGCUCGCCGCGCUGCCGGUCGCCACGUACCGCGUCCGCGGGGCGGACGACGACGGGCCUAGCUCCGCCUCCGACGGCGCCGGGACCGGGACGGCGGACUGCGCGGUGUGUCUGUCGGAGCUCGCGGACGGCGAGAAGGUGCGCGCGCUCCCGGGCUGCAGCCACGUCUUCCACGUCGAUUGCAUCGACGCGUGGCUGCGGUCCCGGACCACGUGCCCGGUGUGCCGGGCCGAGGUGCGGCCCAAGGCGACGGCGGACACGCGCCCCUCGCCGCCUCCGGCGUUGAUCGAUGCCGCUGGGGGCACGUUGGUCGUGACCGUGGUAGGCGGCGCCGCGGAGACCGGGGACGCACACCGCACGUCCGUGCUGGGCUCCGGUCAACCGGCCGGUGCCGUUGGGUAGGUAGGCAAAAACGACGUUGCGACUCCUUAGCACAUAGUGUAUUAUACUAUACAUCAUAAUACAUGUAAUUAGAAACAUUGUGUACUACUUUAUCUUCUGUAAUUCUGUGAAGAUGACACCUUAGCAUCUCCAACAAAAAUAAUUAUCCUUCGCCUCAGAAAAAAGUAUA